AUGCGUGCAACCGCUCUUCUAUCUUCUCUUCAACUAGUGGAGCACGCAAAUCUAGGAAAGACAUCAAACACUUUCCAUAACCACCUCAUUACACGCAUUCAUCUCUCCAUCAAUUGUGUUUUCUCUCUCAAACUCUCAACUUCCCUAUCAACUCUAUCACAUUCUUGGAAACUAGGAUCAUCUCGUUCAUCACCCUCAAUCACCAAAAUUCACAAAAAUCUCAUCACCAUGUCUCAACAAUCUGAUCCUUCCCAAAUCAAGAACACCACUGAUGAUACUGUGAAAACUCGCUCCAAAGCAAAAGGUUCUACUGUUGUCAUUGAUGCUGAACCCAUCACGACUGUGCUUUCAACUAAAUCAAAGAAGAAAUCGUCAAAAUCGAAGGCUAGCGACAAAAAGGAGAAACCUACUAAAGUAAGUGAAUCCUCUCCGUCUCUCUCGAACAAGUCUAUUUCUAGUAAAUCUGAGAAGAAAAAGGGUGAAUUGUCUGUUAAAAAGGGUUUGAACAUGUUUGAUUUGUACUUGAACAAAAAUCCCUUUGAUACUGCCAAUGUUGAAUCGCAUGUUGACACCUCUGUCAAAUUAGCGACUGAAUCAAAUGUUGAAUCAUCCAGUAAGGUUCAUAGUGAAACUGAGAAAUCUGAAGUUGAAAAGGUUGUUGGAGAAAAACCUACUCUGUCGGUUAACCCCAAAUCUGCUGAAACCCUAGAAACAUCUAGGUCUGUUACUGUUGAACCAGUUGUUGGUCAAACCUCUUUGGCUGAGAAAGAGGAAGAAAUUGUUUCUGAUAAUGUCACCCCUGCGGUUGGUGACAAAACUGUGAAAGAAAAGGAUUCUAUUCCUGAUGAUGUGUUGGAAGCUGGAGCAUCCGAGAAACUGAUUGAUGCUGCAAAGGAUGUUGAACCAUCCAAAACUCGUCAAAACUCCAAUGAUACUGCCUUCACUGAUUCAUUUGGUAGUAGUUCUGAUACAGAAGCCUCUACUGACGAAGAGAUAACUAACGAUGGAGGUACUCCUGUGAUUGUGGCUGACUCUGAGCCUGAGAAAGAAAAAGAGAAAGAAGCUACUGGGAACAAUGAUGCUACUGGUUCUGAGAAAACGGGUACUGAAGGCAAGAAUAUGGUGGAUUUGGAUGACAUUGAAACUGAUGAAGACCAACAGGCCAAACCUGUUCAGAAAGGUGUUGGCAGAAGACUGAGAAGCAGGACAACAAAACCUGUACCUGUUAUUGAAACCACCCCUGUUGUGACCAAGAAGACUAGGGAUUCUACCCUAAAACCUGUCAAAUAUGGUCCUAAGAAAUCUUGGAGAAAGUCUGUACCUCUCUCUGAGAAGAAGAAGAAUGUGCUGAAAAGGAAGAGUGCACCAUCCAGUGACUCUGAUUUUGAUGCUGAAAAGGAUGCUUCAAGCAUCAAGCCUCCUACGAAGAAGGCCAUGUCUGCAAGAAAAGCUGCCUCUGUUCCUGCUGAGAUUGAAGAUUUUCCUUGUGAUAAUGUGUCAUUCCAUCUUCCAUCAUAUGCCCAAAGAUGGGGUCUUAUCUGCAAAAGGAGACUUGCCUUGGAAAGAGAAUUAGGCAAAGAUAUCUUGGAGUGUGAAGAAGUAGUGAACUUGAUGAUCAAGACUGUGAGGGGUUUAGGCUCCUGUUAUGAGAAGCUGGUAAGGGAGUUUGUGGUCAACAUCCCUGCAGGAUGUGACAAUCCUCUGGAUAGAGAAUACCAGAAGGUUUAUGUGCGUGGAAAGUGUGUGGAAUUCUCCCCUGCUGUUAUCAACAAGGCUCUUGAUAACCCUGAUGUGACUCAUCCUGACUUUGGGGUAUCUAAUAAUGUGAUCUGCAAAACCAUUACUGCUAACCAGGUGAAGAUUUGGCCAAGGAAGGCAAAGGUGCCUGCUGUAAAGCUGACCUUGAAGUAUGCUAUCCUGAAUCGCAUUGCUUCAGUCAACUGGGUUCCCACAACCCACUCCUCUGAUGUUGCUACUGGGCUAGGUAAAUUGAUCUACAUGAUUGGCACAGGUACAAAAUUUAAUGCUGGUCUUUAUAUCUUCAAUCAAAUUGUACAACAUGCCAAGACCUCUGUUACAAAGCAACCCAUUGCUUUCCCUACUUUGCUCUGUGAUAUCAUAUUUUCUCAGCACCCUAGCAUUAGACAUGAGGGUGAGUCUGCAAAGACAAGAGCAGAACCUCUCUCUAUUCAUCAGAAAUUGUAUAGCCAACAGCAUGCUCCAGACAUUGUUGGCUCAUCAACUGCUGCUACAGAUGCUCCCAUGACAAGGAAGGAGAUAAUUGCUAUGCUGGAAGCAAAUUGCAAGGAGCUGGAUGAAAAGAAGCUGCAAUUUGAAAGGAUGAUUCAUGCUCUGAAGCUUGAAGAAGCUGCAGCUGCUGAUAUGGAUGAGCAAAUGGCUGAUGCUGUUAGUGAGGAAGAGGAAGCUGGUUCAGAUAAGGAAGAAGAAAGUGACUCUAGUGCUAGUGCCUCUGUGUAA